ACAGAAACCCCGUAGUUCAGAGCGCCAUUCGAUUACUGCAACACUAUCCAAAAUGGCAGGAGCUGAUGGAGACGAUUCCCUUUACCCCAUCGCCGUGCUCAUUGAUGAGCUGCGGAAUGAGGAUGUUCAGCUGCGAUUGAACAGCAUUAAGAAGCUGUCCACCAUCGCUUUGGCCUUGGGAGUGGAGCGCACCCGCACUGAACUCCUCCCCUUCCUCACAGACACCAUCUAUGAUGAGGACGAGGUACUCCUGGCCUUGGCCGAGCAGCUGGGAAACUUCACCAUGCUGGUUGGAGGACCAGAGUACGUCCACUGUCUGCUGCCCCCCCUGGAGAGCCUGGCCACAGUGGAGGAGACGGUAGUGAGGGACAAGGCUGUGGAGUCUCUGAGGAAGAUCUCCCAGGAGCACUCCCCCGUGGACCUGGAGGUGCACUUUGAGCCCCUGGUCAAGCGCCUGGCCAGCGGGGACUGGUUCACCUCCCGCACCUCCGCCUGCGGCCUGUUCAGCGUCUGCUACCCACGUGUGUCCAGCACCGUCAAGGCAGAGAUCCGCCAGCACUUCCGCACGCUCUGCUCAGACGACACGCCCAUGGUGCGCCGCGCCGCUGCCUCCAAGCUGGGCGAGUUUGCCAAGGUCCUGGAGCUAGACUAUGUCAAGUCUGACAUCAUCUCGCUCUUCACCGCCCUGGCCUCCGACGAGCAGGACUCUGUGCGUCUGCUGGCGGUGGAGGCGUGCGUGAGCAUCGCCACCCUGCUGCCCCAGGAGGACCUGGAGACCCUGGUGAUGCCCACCCUGCGCCAGGCUGCCGAGGACAAGUCCUGGAGGGUUCGCUACAUGGUGGCCGACAAGUUCUCUGAGCUCCAGAAGGCUGUGGGUCCAGAGAUCACCAAGAACGACCUGGUCCCGGCCUUCCAGAACCUUCUGAAGGACUGUGAGGCUGAGGUCCGCGCGGCCGCCGCCAACAAGGUCAAAGAGUUCUGCGAGAACCUUCCGGAAGACAGCAGAGAGACCAUCAUCAUGACUCACAUCCUUCCCUGCGUCAAGGAGCUGGUGUCUGAUACCAACCAGCAUGUCAAGUCUGCCCUGGCCUCCGUCAUCAUGGGCCUGUCCACCAUCCUGGGCAAGGACAACACCGUGGAGCACCUGCUGCCCCUCUUCCUGGCUCAGCUCAAAGAUGAGUGCCCCGAGGUGCGUCUGAACAUCAUCUCCAACCUGGACUGCGUCAACGAGGUGAUUGGGAUCCGCCAGCUGUCUCAGUCGCUGCUGCCUGCCAUCGUGGAGCUGGCAGAGGACGCCAAGUGGAGGGUCCGCCUGGCCAUCAUAGAGUACAUGCCCCUGCUGGCAGGACAGCUGGGAGUGGAGUUCUUUGAUGAGAAGCUCAACACACUGUGUAUGGCUUGGCUCAUCGACCACGUGUAUGCCAUCCGGGAGGCUGCCACCUGUAACUUGAUGAAGUUGGUGGAGAAGUUUGGGGCAGAGUGGGCACAGAACACCAUCGUACCCAAAGUGCUGGGCAUGGCCAAUGACCCCAACUACCUCCACAGGAUGACCACGCUGUUCUGCAUCAACGCCCUGUCUGAGGCGUGUGGUCAGGACAUCACCACCAAGCACAUGCUGCCCGUGGUCCUGAAGAUGUCCAACGACCAGGUGGCCAACGUGCGCUUCAACGUGGCCAAGUCCUUACAGAAGAUCGGGCCUGUCCUGGAGAGCAGUGCCCUGCAGACAGAGGUGAAGCCAGUGCUGGAGAAGCUGGCCACAGACACAGACAUGGAUGUCAAGUAUUUUGCCCAAGAGGCCAUCAGUGUCCUAGCCCUGGCAUAAUCCACCGACACAGAUAACCAAGACUCCAGACGUCAGAGAGAUCCCUUUUCACACGACAAAGAUAUUUAUUGAUGUUCAGGAGUAACUGGUUCAUCUAGAACUAACAGAGCCAUUGUCACCCUUUCUCUCUCUCUUUCUCUUUGUCCCUUUUUACUUUUGCCUGAUGAAUGGGCGAUACCUGUCCACCCCCCGUCCCUCCCCUCCAGGCUGUCCAUGAAGCCCCCCCUGCCACUAAUAAAGCUGCUUUGUAAGAAGUGCAUGCUCCGUGUUGUAGUGCUGUGCGACUAGAACCAGCCACAUUCCUCCAUGCUCUCCUGUACCUCUGACCUGCUCCGCCAGGCGCCUGGCGUCCACAUCCCAUCUUCCACGACCCCAGUGGGUGUGAGAGGCAAGUUCCCCCCCCCCCUUAUGCACCAGGUGGGGGGGAACUCCCACCCCAGGCGAGGGUCAGAGCCCGUCCGGUCCUUUCUGAUGUGGUCCAGGGUGAGGGGCCAGAGCCAUGCUACUGCACGGACCACACAUGUACUCAUUGAGCUGUGUUUCCUCCCUCCCUCUUGUGUCAGGACACACGGCACAGGGCAGCCACAGACAGGAUUCGCUCUUCCCAAUGUUCUAGGGCUGUAAUAGGGGACCGCCACAGUCAGCGGGAGUUGCUCCAUAAUGACUUUUCUCUGCAUUUAACGUUGGGCUAAUCACAAGCUUGUUCUGUCCCCUUUUCUAAGUAAUGUUAAGUUGACUUGUUCAGAGGGAACAGGAGUGGUCUUUCCUGCAAUCUUCAUAUUGCUCUUAACUGUUGUGCCAAUUACUUGGAUAAGCAAUGGCGUAUUUUUUGUUGUUUUUUUGUAGGCAUCAGUAUGGUUAACCCCUUCAGUAUCCUAGUGGUGUUUAAGGCUGAGAGAGACCUCUUCCUAAGGAGAGAAGCUCAGUGGUAAGGGUGCCUAGAGGGGUUUGUGAAAGCUAGUUGAUGUUAGGUGAAUAUGGCACGGUAUGACCCGCAGGUCUGAGGGGGGAGGGAGGGGACGGGGUGGCUCUGGACCUGGAACUCAUGCUUCAUAUGUCCCUGUGUGAAACACCCCCAUUCUCUCCCCCCCCCCCUCCCCCCCACCAUGUUCUCUCUUAAAUAAACUUUGAUUGUUGAUUGUCCUGUAUCAUGACUGUUGGUUUUAUUGAAACUUGGAAACCUGUACAACUAUCUGAACUGAAUAAAGUACCACAAAGACCAAG